UCCGGGCUUUGAUUAUUUGGACAAGCCAAAACGAAUGAGCUCAACAGUCAAAACUCAGUCUGAUCAGCAGAUGACUGGGGAUGUGUCCGCCUAUGGGAGACGAGUUCUCGAAGAGUACGAGGAACGAUCAAAAUUGCAGAGCUUACUAUCACGACAAAUCCUGGCUGCAUCAGGUGCUACUGUGACAACUAUAAGUGGAUGGUUCACUAACAGACUGUGGAAGCAGCGGCAAUACUCUAGAGUGGGGAUCGCUGGGAUUUUGGCCGUCUGCUCUCUUACUGCUGGAUCAAUAGCUGUGCUAUGUUGGGAGUACUUAGUAACGAGACCCAUUGACAAAGAAAGACUACUGUGCUCGGUGUGCGUUGCAACUCGAGGUUCAGCUGUUGCUGUCCUCGGAGGCGUCAUUAUUCCAGGGAUGUUUGGUGCAUUGGGCACGCGAUUGAAACCAUUUCCUAAAUCUCUACCUCAGCUUCUCGGAGCCAGUGCUCAUUUGCCGAAACCACUGGGAACCGCUGGCAUCAUACUGAUGAGUGUUCAAGCUGGUGUGGGAUACCUUCUAGCCGGAAAACAAAUAGAACUAAAGUUAGAAGAGAGAGUCAUAAGGCGAAAAAUUUUUACAGAACAUCAAGAAAUCACUAGAUAACUAUACUAAUGUAUUAUAUUUGUUUGGCUAGCGCGCGUUACGCAUACAGUCACGUGACUUAGUUCUAGUGCAAAUGUACGCUGUACACAGUACCAGUAGAAUACUCUCUAGCUGAAAGCAAAUAGAAUCAUAGAAUAGAGGCAACCAUAAAACAAAAAAUCAAUAAGAAAACUUUAAGAAA